AUGCACUCCCUCCGAGCCUUAACUGCACUGCUGGCGUCUUUCUCUCUAACGAUGCUUAUCGCCGAAGGAGCUUACAAAAGUAGAGAUGGGACUCUCAAUGUGUUGUCGCAUCGGUCUGUCGCCGGACGGUCCUCUGGACAUGCCUUUCCAACGUAUAUGAUGCAUCUCUACAGAAACUUCAAGUCAAAUCGGUCUCAUCCAGAUGAUUUCUUGGAAAGAAGAGCGGUGAAAAAGGCUGAUACAGUCAGAAGUGUAAUUGCUAAAAGUUUAUAUAGAAGAGACUGGAACUGGAUUGUGACAUUUGACUUCACCUCCCUGCUGGCUGACGAGAAGCUUCAGCUAGCUGAGCUGAGAAUCAGGCUGCCCCGGGUCACUGACGUUACAAACCUGACAGUGGAACUCCACCACCAUCAUGAAUUCCCUUGUCAGAUGAAUGGAACCUGCCACAACCGCCAACUAAUGGGACUGCUGUCCUCCUCCUCCAUGGUUGACUCAUCCCAACACUGGAAAGUGUUCAAUAUCACCAGUUUGCUGUUGGGUUGGCUUGAGGGGAGAGCCAGGGAGGACACAUCCUUACCUGAGCGGAAUCAACUGGCUGGUCUAAAGAGUGACCACGUUGCCAGUGAUAGGGCUCUGCUGGUCACUUUCUCUCACCUGGGACCAGACGAGGGCUCACAAGCUAAGGCCAGCCUGCUCCACACAGCUGAACAAUCAAAGUUCCUCUUCAGCCCCGAGGAUGAGAAGAUUCGGCGACCAAAGAGGCAUAAGAGCAACAGGAGGCGAAGGGACCAGCCCUUGAAAGACCUAGAAGUGCCCAGAAAAGGCAGUGUUAAGUCUUCCUGCCGGAAGGUCAGUUUGCACAUUGAUUUCAACCAAAUCGGCUGGGGAUCCUGGAUUGUCUUCCCCAAAAAGUACAAUGCUUACCGCUGUGAGGGAACCUGCCCUAACCCUGUUGGGGAGGACUCCCAACCAACGAAUCACGCUUACAUGCAGAGCCUCCUGAAGUACUACCACCCUGAGCAGGUACCAUCGGCCUGCUGUGCCCCCACCAAGAUGAGCCCGUUAAGCAUGCUGUACUACGAAGGCGGUGAGGUGAUCCUCCGACACCACGAGGACAUGAUUGUAGAUGAAUGUGGCUGCCAGUGACUGUGGGGUUCUCCACCCCGUGGAAUUCCACGCAGAAUGACUUUGUCCAAUAUGGCGCAUUCCAAGGAACGACAGAGUCCCUUGUGGUACUAUGUGUUGUAGUACACUUGUGUAUGGUACUACACAUAUUAGUAUAACGUUCAGAGAAGGAAAGACCAAGCUACAAAGAUGCAUUCAAUGAACAUUUAAUACAUAAAGCAUUAUCUGACCUAUCAAACUGGUCAAUGGCAUUUACAUUAGCAAAAUCAAGAGGAUUACUGAUUGAACCAAGCACUCUUCUACUCUUAUACACUAACAGUGUAGAUCUAUUUUUAUGUAAAUACUUAAAAUAAGCUAUUUAUGUGAAUAAAUUAUUGUAUUAUGUUAAGAGAAUUUCAUCAAUGAGACCUAUUAUGGCAA